AAGCAGAGAAUGGGGCUUUGGGUUUUGGCGGUUCUGACAGUUUCCAUGUAUUCCUCAGUAACCAAGAGCAGUAAAGCAAUCUGGGGUCUGGAACAUGAGGCUUUAAUUGUGAGAUGCCCCCAAGGAGGAGGCCCGCUUGAUCAUGUGGAAUGGUAUAACUCAAUUACAAAUGAGAGUAUGUCUACUCAGAAAAGCAAGGGGAUUUUUGUCUCCAGAGACCGCCUGAAGUUUCUACCAGCCAGAAUGGCUCACUCUGGGAUGUAUGCCUGCGUGGUCACGAGCCCUGACUUGAAUAUGACUGAAUUCAUGAAUGUAACCAUACAUAGAAAGACAACAGGCUGUAACGUUCCCGAUCAUUUGAUGUACAAAACAGUAAAUGGAUCAGCAAAGAACCCCAAGAUAACUUGUCCAACAAUCUUCUACUAUAAUUGGUCAGCGCCUGUUCAGUGGUUUAAGAACUGCAAAGCUCUUCAAGGACCGAAGUACAGGGCGCACAGAGCAUACUUGUUCAUUAAAAACGUGGGGCGAGAUGAUGAAGGGGAUUACACAUGUAAAUUCACACACACUGAGAACGGGACCAGUUACAUCGUGACCGCAACCAGGUCAUUCACAGUCGAAGAAAAAGGCUUUUCUGUGUUUCCAGUAAUUAAAUUCCCUGCUCACAACACAACUAUGGAAGUGGAAAUAGGAAAACCAGUGAAUAUCACCUGCUUAGCUUGCUUUGGCAAAGGCUCUCAGUUCUUGACUGAAGUCCUGUGGCGGAUUAAUGAAAGGAAUGUUGAAAUGUUUGGCAAAGAAAGAAUUCAAGAGGAGAAAGAACAAAAUCAAAGUUCCAGCAGUGCCAUGGAUUGUUUAACCUCGGUAUUAAGGAUAACUAAUGUGACAGACAAGGAUUUGUCCCAAAACUAUGACUGUCUGGCCCUGAACCAUCGUGGCGUGAUAAGGCACACCUUGCAACUGAGAGAAAAACAGCCAAGUAAGGCAUGUCCCUCCCACUAAGCUUGACUAAACUGGUGGAAUCAACUGUAAAGUGCAGCCAUUUUCUCAGAAGACUGUGCGCAUGCAGUUUGGUUCGGGGGAAUCCUUCAUGAUCAUGGGGACUAGUCUCGUGAAAUGGGUUUCUCCUCUUGGAGAUGCUCUUUAAAUCUGCUCUUCCCAAAAUGUUUCUGUCUUCCAGGGGGACUCUGUGCUGCUCUAUUCCUCCUCUCUGUCUUCCCCUCCCUCCCUUUUCUCCCCACAGUCCUCUUCCCACUCUUCAUCUUCCUUUGCCUGUUCUCGCUCCCUCUUUCCUUCCUUUUUGUCUGCCCGUGACUUCCUCCUCAGUCAUCCCUUGCACAGUCAACAAGGGGCUUUGGUGUUUAUAUUGGGUUCAAAGCAGGACUAGCCCUGUGGUCUCUCUUUGUGUAAUUUCCUCACUGAAAACAACUUAUAAACUUUCCAUUCAGAGCACUUCUCAGGGUCCUUGCUUGGUCUUCGAGUUUACAGCUAUAGUCACCCUGAUAGGUUGAUGACCAGUUUGAGUCCAUCUCCAAAGAGUGCAGAGGAAAAUAUUUGUAUCCUUAUCACCCUCUUUUAUGAUACUUACCACUCCCCUAAAUGGCAAUACAAUUAAUGUAAGCAAAAAGCUUCUUUUAAAUAUUGAGAGGGUGGAGGAUGGAGAGAGAUACUGACUCUAAGCUCAUAGCAACAUGUGAAGCAUUCAUUUGGAUGAAUACAUGGAUUAAAAGGAGGGUGGGUGUACCAGUUUGACACAGACAAGUGGUGUCUCUGCCUGGUAUGGUACUUGGGCUCUUUGUUAUUUUCGUUUGUUUUGUUGUUUGUUUUCACUAUGGAGACCAAUCUGGCCUCUGCUGGCCUUUGCCUCCUGGGUGCUAGAAUUAAAGAUAAGUGUCCCCACACCCAGCCAGGAGUUUUCUUGUUUUGGUUUUGGUUUUAGCCUCUGACUUGUAAAUUUUUAUUUAAAAAAAAAUGUUGUAAUUCGUAGGUGGCCAGACUUGUGAUGACCAGGCUCAUAGAUGACUCUUAGUGUUGUCAUAUUUAGCAAGACAUUAGGCA